AGCGCUAAACCAAACCAAACCCAACCCUACCCUAGAAAAACAAAUUCCCUCGCUGUACCUUCGCCUCACAAAUGAAAUGGGAUAUGGAGAUCGAGGAAAUCGAGGCAGUUCUGGAGAAAAUCUGGGACUUACACGACAAGCUCAGCGACGCCAUUCACUCGAUUUCGCGAGCUCACUUCCUUAGCUCCAUCAAAGCCCUCGGGAAAUCCGACAAGAAGAAGCUCUACAACAACGCCGUCGGCGACGAUAACCGGGCCGGGUUCGUGUUCGUGAAGGACUUUCGAAUCGACGAUAGUGAAUCGGCCAUUCAAGAGGCCAAGAGUCUUAAUGCUAUCAGAACCGCUCUCGAGAAUCUCGAAGACCAGCUCGAAAUUUUCCACACGGUACACACACAGCAGCGGGCUGAGAGAGAUGCUGCCAUUGCACGAUUAGAACAAAGCCGGAUAAUUCUUGCAUUGAGAUUGGCUGAACACCAUGGUAAAAAGUACAAAGUAAUUGAUGAAACUCUAGCUUUUGUGGGAGAUGUACAUGAUGCUAGCUGUUUUGUUUCACCUGAAAACCUUUACAGUACACCAGCUAGUCCAUCUGGGGAGAAUCUUGCAUCACAUGAAGGGAAGCGCUCUAAUAUACUAAUCAAAGUUUUUGUUUCUAGCUGGAACUUUGCAAAGAAAUCCCUGAAAUUUGAUCAUAUGGGUGGGAUACUAAGCAAUGCAGCUUUAUUCGCAGUUAGCAUGAUAGCAAUGCUGCAUCUGCAUCAGAUUGCUUAUACAGAGCAUUCAGAGAAGCAAGAAGAUGACAUCAACAGGCACAGAAAUGUGAGAAAAAAUUCUCAACUAGGAGGGCCUUCAUCCUAUGAUCGUUUGAACCACUUGGAUGUGUUCUCGGCCCGGGGUUAAGGUGAAGACCAAAAAAUUUGUUUACAAGUUUAUUAAAGGAUAGGAGACCAAGCUGUUUUUCAAAUUUGAAGAAGCUUUGCUGUCUUUUGGAUUCUUCCCAUGGGAGUUUCCAAAUUUUUCCUGAGUAUGUUGGCAAAGAAUUGGCCCCUUUUUUUUAUGUAUGUCCUAGUUGGAGCUGUUGUCAAAAUGCUGAUUGCCCUCGUUGGUAUUGUUGUUGAGGCAUAUCAUUGUAAGAAAUGAUAGUGAAGCAGGUAGUCCCAGUUUACAGAGUAUUAUCUUUU